GUUAACAUGAGGCGUUUCCAAUUACAUCCGGCUCUGCUCAUUAUUGCAGCAGUUUCUAUUGGUGUUUCAGGUUUACCACCUCAAAAAAUUGUUGAUGGUCUCCCAACAAAUAGAGACGAAUUUCCUUAUCAAGUUUCGUUACAACGUUUAGAUUCAAAACAUUUUUGUGGUGGCAGUAUUAUAUCCAAGCUUCAUAUUCUAACUUCCGCCUAUUGUGUACAAGAAUUUCAGAAUUUGACAAAUAAUCUUUUAGUAGUAAGUGGAAGUAAUGAUCUUCGUUUGGCUCCGAAUAAAUAUAAAGUAAAAUCUGUUACGUUUCCUUCAGAAUAUGUACAUAAUUCAACAGUCUAUGACAUUGCAGUGUUAACAUUGAAGGACCAAAUUCUUUUUCACCAUAAUCAAAAGCCUAUUAAACUAGCCACAAGAGACAAUUAUCGUGGAAAAGAAGCAUUUGUUUCUGGUUGGGGUACUGUUAAGAAGAAUCGUAGAAAUCCACAUUAUCCAGAUACUUUACAAAAAUUGAAAACAUGGAUUUUUAGUCAUGAAGAUUGUGGAGUAGCUGAUACACAAAUUUGUACUCUUGAAAAAUUAGACAUUGGUGUUUGUGACGGUGAUGGUGGCAGUCCAUUAGUUAUUGGAGAUGAACUUUUUGGAGUAUUAGCAGGUAUUCCUGAUGAAUGCGCUGUUGGCAAACAUACACCAUAUACAAAAGUUUCUAGCUACUUCGAUUAUAUUAAAAACAUAGUUGGAAAUGCCAUAGAAGAGAAUCCUGACUAUUAUUUUAAAAGUACAUAUAAUGAUGUAGUACUUCCGUAUGAUCUUGAACACGAAAAAUGUGACAUAUCUCACGAAUUUGUAGGAAGUGAUAACUUGCUAUUUUGAUAGAUUUUAAAUAAAACUACAUUUUUAUAAAAGCAUUUUUCUGCAUAAAAUGUUGUUGAAUAUUAAAAGAAUAAAACGGAGUAGAUAA